ACACUUGACAUUUUGACAUGUUGAGUGCAGCAUCGCCAAUCAAAGUUGAAGAGUUCAAGUGACGUGACGGCUUGCCAAAACGACAGCACAAAUAAAUAACAAAAAGCACACAAAACUACAACAACAACAACACACAUUUGUGAAUGCAGACCACGGCGGACAAAAGAGACAAAGCGGAGGUGGAACGGCAAAUGCGAACAAAAGAGGAAAUUAAAUAAUAUGCAAAUGAAGUAAAAAGCAGCAAAGUGUAAAGGAAGUGGAAAACAGUCAACAAAAACAAACAAGACAAUAAAGAAGAUUUUGCGAAACGAAUUCGACUGAAUAAAAUUGAUGAGCCAAACAGAGCAGCUGCUGCUGCCGAAAACAGCGACUAACGAAAGGAGCAACAGGAAUCAAUAAAAAGCGAGCUACAACAACAAUAACACUUAGUGUGGCUAGAAAGCAGCAAACAAAACAGAAAAGUUAAGCUGAAGGUGGACACAAACAUUAAUUGAAAUUGAAGAGGGUCCACAGGCGGCCGCCCGAAACGUGACGCGUAAGGACUUCCAGGCAGUCAAGCACUCGAGCAAAGCGACCGGAAGAUAAAAAGCGAGAGUGCCAAGUGGACGCGGUGUACGCCGCAAUGAAAAAGCUACCCGUGGCUAUAUUGGCCAGCACUUUGCUGCUGUGGCAGACGACGGCGCUGGCGGGGCGCCUCGUGAAGCGCAGCUACUCCGAUCAAAGCGUGCACGGCUACCAGACGGAGCGCACAUGCUGGUGGAACGAGGUGUGCAAGGAGGAGUUUCAGAAUCUCUUCCGCUGCAAGUGUCCACAAUUCUCAUACUGCCGCUCACCAGGACGCUACUACAAUGCGUAUUGUUCAAUGACCGACACCGGCUACAUAUGGACGCAGCCAACAUGGGACUGGGUGCCUUGAAUGCUGCCACCGCCGGUCUACUGCCUACAUAUUUAAGUGCUUAACACACACCAACACACACACGUAUAUAUCACAUACUUAUACUUAUGCACCCACAUAUGCCUAUAGUUAGGAUAGAAAAUAUUCAAAAGCAACAAAAAACAAUGAAAAUCGUAAAAUAUAUAUACAGUAUAUGGUAUGUAUAGUCUUACAUACUUAUAAAUAUACAUACAUAUGUAUAUUAAAGCUACUCUAGGCACAAAAAGUGCUUAUUAUUAACAUAGACAUAUUAAUGGUGCUCUAAAACACAUAUUCCAAGUAAAAAAAUAUUUUACACAAACAACAAAAACACAUUCACAAACAUAUACAACGAAUUAUAAUUGUACCGUUAUUUACAAAAAUUGUUUGUAGAACAGCUUAAACAUAUUUACUUUUGUAGUCUACCUUGAUCCCGCGCUUGAGCUACUUUUCUUAUAUGGUAAAUACCACUAUGUUGUUGUAGUUCUAGCGGCAGAGUUCUGCUAAGUUGACAGUACUUAGCCGUGUAAAAAUUCCGGGUCCAUUCCGGCCAUGACUGACGUCGUACCAUUAUUUAUAUCGUCUGAUCAGAUUUGAACCGGCCUGACAAAAACUAUAUUUUCAGAUAUUUUAAAACACGUCUUUCUUAACUCUAGAGCCAAUUCAGCAAGCGUUGGGCUUAAUCAAACUUUCUCCAUACUUUUUAUAAUUCACAGCUGGUUUAUCCUUCAGUGCCUUCAGCGAAAUUUUUUUUUCGAUUUUGACUCAUUCUUGAAGUGCCAUUCGUUAGAUUGUUGGCUAGUUCCGACGUCAUAUUCGUAAACUUAGGACUCAUCACUAGUAUUGUUGCCCUUGAUUAAAGUAGGGUUCCCAGCAACGUUAUAAAGCAUCUCUUUGAUAACCUCUUGACAUUUUUUUUUUGCAAAAGAUUCAGAGCUUUUGAUACGAGUCCAGUGUCGACACGCUUUAUGCCCAGAACAUUAACCAAACUGUGUUGAGUUGAUCCAUUAGAGAUGCUGAGAUCCUCUAAUAUAUCUCUAAUGCCAAAAUGUCGAUUUUGAGGGACUACUUCUUAAAUUUUUCAGUGUUAUUAACAGUGUUUGCCGCACGACUCGUUUAAGGCAAACUUUCGAUGACUUCACGACCUUCACUAAAUGCUCUGUGCUACUCAAGUACUUGUAUUCCUGAUAAAGUGGACUCCACAAAACACUAGCGCGAGUUUUCAACUCAAGCACACUCUUAUUGACUACAAUACAAAUUUUGAAAUAUUCCGAGUCCUUUUUUGCCACGAUGUAAUAGAAAAUCAAACAUAGUGAACGAACAUAAAAAACGAUUUUAGGAAAAAAAGACUUUAUCCAAUUGGUUUGCGCGAGUUGUUUAGUUAUAUGAACCAGUCGGGGUCGAAUAUCAAAAUAUGGGGAAUAUACCAUAGAGUCUUGAAUUCUGUACUUAGUUAUUUACCAAGUCCAAGUCACUUACAUUAACCGUACUAUAAAUGAACCUUAAGAUAACAGUAUUCUCAUAAGAUGUCUUAUAGAUCAUUCUAGACCCUUCUAGAGAUCAAAAACGCCUCUGGCAGAGCUUUAAUAAGAAAUAAUGUUAAUAAAUACCCAACAAUGAGCUUGUUUGCGACAAGAUUUUAUAAAAAACGGUUGCAAAAGCUAAGAUAUUUCCAUUCUAAAAUGAAAUUCUGGACGAUCUUAGUUUAACAAAACUCGACUAUGUAAGAUCCAUAAUAAGUUUGGAAAUAUUCGUUUGUUUCUGUUGUUGUAAAGGCAAAAUACAUUCCACAAUUAUUUUAAAAACAUUCUACCAAUUUGACAGUACGUAUACUUGAUCGGUUAAAAAUCCGGGACCGUUCCGGUUACGUAGAUCAACCUGUCGUAAGAGUCUGUCCUAAGAGUAUUUAAGGAGUUACAUGGGCUUCCUCGGAUAAAAAACAAGGCGGUUUUUUCAUAUAAAAAAUGAAAUAUUUUAUUAGAAUUUUUAUUGUUAUAAACAUACACUACAUAUUAACAAAGAAAUUAUGAAAUUUUUGAAAAAAAUAUUUUAAGCUUGGCCAUUGCGACACCAUUUCCGCUCACUCUUCGGAAAAAAAGAUGCGCCCACGUUGGCAGGAUAACUUCUUGCAGGAUAAUCUAACGUGAAAACAUACGUUUUUUAGUUAAAACCUUAGAUUAGAACUUCGACGAAGGAAAAUGGACCAAAAUUGGAUUUUUGGCAGACAUUUUUACAAAAAAAAUUAAAAUUUCAGUGAAAAUUUCGCAAUUUUUUUUUUAUUC